AUGGGCACAAUCCUGCAGGAGCGGGCGCCACAACAGUGUGUGGAGAGGGUUUUCAUCAGGGAGAGGGAAUGGAAGAAGAAGGCGCUGUGGACCAACAACAGGCCUAAUGUGGCCAGCAACAAAAUGGGAAGGCGGCAGUCACAAAGGAAGCCACAGCAGCCACAGCACACGUUCCCCAGCCAAGAGAAUAAUAAUGAGAGAAGGCUGCAGCAAAGAAGAAAGCACAAGCCUCACACGCCCCUGACUAAACGCAGCAAUACUUGUCAACACAGUGCUCAGGGAACCUCAGAGUCAAACUCCCAUCCACGGCCCUCUGCAGAGGACAGGAUGGAGCCAAAGGUGCAACCGGCUGCUCAGCGCUUUGCCCACAGAGAACAGAAGCACACAGGAGUCAGAGGGAGCAGACACACAGCAGCCUUUUCCUGCCACCAUCUGUCUGACUCAAGCCACAAUCUGCUGGAGAGACACUCCCCUAAGCUGGAGGAAGCUAGUCUGAGCGGCCAUGGAGAAGGGGACAGUGACACUGACUUGUCUGAGUCGGAGAGACUUCCUGUGUUGUCCUCUGGUCGGGUUCCUCCGCAGCUCGAGCUAAGGCCAGACGUCAUCGAGGCUGAAGACCGCUCCACUCGCAGCCAUAGGCCCAGAGGACAGGGCCGUCCUGGCUUUGACUUUCCAGACUUCCUUCCUCCACCUUUUAACUCCUGGAGCCUCACUCAGCUGGCUGUCUUCUACAACAUGGAGGGCCUGGGGGCCCCUCGGCCCAGGCCAGUGGGGUCUUUGGAAAGGUACCUGGAGAGGCUGCUGCAGCUGGAGUGGCGUCAGAUCCAGACUGUCCAGGAGGAGAGUGGGAAGUCAGCUGUGUCAGAUGUUGUAUCCAGCUACCACAGAUCACCAGCUGCUGCCUCAUCACGCCUCAGCUCCCCAAAGUGUAUCCUCCAGUGUCAGCGUGCCUUCCCCCUCACCUUCCUCUCUUCCCUGGCCAGUCACUCUACCCUGCUCUCCGGCUGUGCCUGCACUCUGUACCGCAUCCGCCACUCAGCCUGCAGCACGUCAUGCUGCCGCUCCACCCACAGCCACACUCGUCAGUCUAGACUGAGUCCCAUGCUGGAGCGCAGGGGGCCCAUGUCACUCCCCAAAAGGAGCUACAGUGAGAGCCGGGUGCACUCCUCAGACAGGAGCACAGUGUCCCAGGCUCAGAGAUUCAGCAGCCCUGUGAGGGCCAACAGCCACCUGAGGAGGAUGCAAGCCUCAGGCAACAUCCGCAACCCGGGUCAAGGUGCUAACACCAAGCCUCAUUCCACUGCCAGGGACUCGAGUGUUGGGGCUGAGAAGGACUGUUUGGGAGCACGGGGGGACGUGAUGGACUACAGGACAGGGGGGUUUCGGAAAAGGAGUGGCUCAGAGCAGAGGAGAAGAGGAGGAGUAGAAAGACAACAAAAUGGAUCAGAGAAAAGACGGAGUGGUUCUGAGUGCAGAAGAGGAGGAAGUGAGCGAAGGAGAACAGCUGAGUUUAAGGAACGAGAAAUAAAACCAGAUGCUGUCACUGCAAUAAUGGACAAUUUACACGGGUCCAGUUAUUCUCCUGAUAACAGGCCAAACAGGCCCAAACAGGUUGAAUUUGUUUGAUAUCAGCAAUUUGGGUACUGUAAGUAGGUGUAAUCUGUGCGCCACAGCUGCAAUCAUCACUUUUGAGAUUUGAUUAUGAAUCUAUAUUUUCAGAUUGUUGAAGUGUGUUUCACUUUUUCCAUCAGCGAAUGUGAUGUUUUGCAAUAUUUUUCUAGUCUCAGCUAAUUAUAGUUGCAUCAUUAUGUUUAAUCCAGUGCUGUUGAGUUAAAUAAGCAGAUCCUGCAGUGGAUUUUUACAUGCACUGUUGAUUAUACAUAAAUCUUAUGCGCAUGUGGAUAUUUAUAUAAAUACUCAUUUUGUUUCUUUCUGGCUGCAGUGCAACAGCGGAGCUGAACGUGAAUGUCACUGACUGACUGAGUGAUGAAGUUACACCAUUGUUCGUUGCUCUUUCCAAAUGAUUUGGAGCAAACAAGCAUUGUUGCCAAUUUAGCGCCUUUGUUGCUAGAUUUCCCAACUUAUUUUUAAAUAGCACCAUGUGACAAAUCUAGUGACUUUUUUGGACAAACCUCAGCUACUUUCUGUAGAAGAGAGUCGUCAGUGUUGCCCUGCGAGUGCGAGGUCGAGCUUUCCCUCCACAGACACGCCUCUUUAUACUGAUCACACGGCAGCUGAUGUGAAUGAGGUUCUAACUCUCUCUGAGUGAUCAUUUUAUGAGUAAAUACAGCCAAAAUCACAGCACAGUCUUUGUCUUUAACUUGUGUGCUUGGUGGUUUUGUCAAGACGUUAUAAAAUCAGGAUUUUAGCAGAAGCUUGGAAGUGACUUCUGUUUAACAUGUAGUUUUAAUGAGCCACGUUUCAGUCACUAUCUCAAACUUGUUCCAUUGUCAUGACAACAGAAACGGAAAAACAUGU